GUCGCUUUUGAUCAAAUUGUGUAUAAACCCGCUGGGGCAGCUGACCGGGUCGUUAUCACGUUCGCUUGUGUUUUCAAUCGACUGAUUCAAAUUUCCAGUAUUUAUUUGAAGAUUCAUCAGUAUGGCGAGCCUACUGGAUCUAUGUGAGCAGUACUUCGGCGCCCGUAACUUUUACGACGUGUUGAAAAUACCGAAGACUGCAAACGACAAGCAAGUUAAAAAGGCUUAUCACAAACUAUCGUUGCUUGUGCAUCCGGAUCGUGUCGAGGAAGACGUCAAGGCGGAGGCUACGGAGAAAUUCAAGGUUCUCGGUAGGAUACAUUCCAUCCUCAGUGACAACGAUAAGCGCAAGAUUUACGAUGAGUCCGGCGAGUAUGACGAGGAAAGCGAGGAGGUCAUAAUGCGCAAUUGGGCAGAUUAUUGGCGGUCAUUGUUUAAGGAAAUCACUGUCGAAGAUAUUAAUAAUUAUGAGAAGAAUUACAAGGGAUCAGAGACUGAGAUCAAAGAUCUCAAGAGAGCAUACACAGACAGUGAAGGGGAUAUGGAUUAUAUUUUGGAAGCUGUUCCAUUCACAAAUUGUGACGAAGAACCCAGACUGCAUGCUAUAAUUGAAGAUCUGAUAAAGAGAGGUGAAGUUCCAGAAUAUACAGCAUUUACUAAUGAAAAUGAUAAGAAAAAGCAGCGCAGGAGAAGAAAGUGGGCCAAGGAAGCGGCGGAAGCCGAGCGCCUGGAGAAGAUGUUGAAGAUCGAGAACGAGGAAAACGCAGCUGCAAACGAUCUCGCGCUAGUGAUACAGAAUCGCAACAAGGCACGCGCCAAUCAGUCGGAUAGUUUCUUCGACUCUCUGAUCGACAAAUAUGCCAAGAAGACCGAAAAACCGACUAAGAAGAAAGCUUCGCCUUCAAAGAUUACGAAGAAGACCAAAAAGAAGACGUAGAGAGAUAAACGGCUGUGCCGGAACUGCUGCGCGUCCGCUCCGCAUCUUCGAAAGUUUCAUCCUCUCGUUAACAUUAAAUCGCAAAGCACGGACUCGCUAUAGAUUUGCGUAAUGUGGACGGUUGUGUUUAGUUUUUAUAUAAGUUCUAAAUGCUGAUCAAAGCGUUGAUCGAAUGGACUAACAAUGCAUGGUCCAAUAUAAAUGUCGUCAAUUAAUCGCGCGUAAUGCAAAUUAAACCGCUGUAUCGAAUUAAACAUUUUCUCAUAAGUAUGCACAACGGCGUAGAAUUAUUGUACACUUUAUAUAAAAAACAAAUGCCGUAUUUGAGUUUUAUAAUAUAAAUGAUACCUUCGAGAAACCAA